UCUGAGGCUGGUCUCGUCUGGGUUCCAUAGCUGUUAUGAUGGAGAUAUAAAGAAGUAUCGUAAUAGUUUUUCCUCGUACAUAAAUCAACAGGGUGGGAGCUGCGUUCUCUCCGACCAUGUUUUCUUUUCUCUUCCAGCGUUGUUGAAGCAGCUGAGGAAAACAAAGAAAAAUAAAUGGACUGACUUUCUUCUCUACGAAGCGGUUUUUCAAAAGGCCACAUUCUUAAGAGCUGCCAUUAACGACACGGAGUUGUGAAUAUAUACACCGUGUUUUUUGUUUGUGUACGCAGCCUGCUGUGACUCUCUAGAACGCAUUCAGAGGAAACGCUCGCGCUCUAUCGAACACAAAUGCUCGUCCGGACCACGCGACUGAUGAACGAGCUCGUCUGUGUGGAGGUCACUGUGGACACAUUGUAACUAAAUCAGUCUGAGAUAAUGAAAAUAGAAAAACUACUAAUGGAUGAGGAGGAGUUGUCGGCAGCUAUGUUUGAUUCCAUGAAACCAUCGGACUGACUGUGAUCUGAAUAGAUGACUCUCGUGCUGUGUUCGCACUUCGUCGAUGGAUUCGCCCGUUGGCACGGCCCUGCAGGGCAGCGGCACCAGCAACUACACGGCUGACCCCUCCGGUCCGAGCUUCACCAACCAGCUGGACACUCCCUCACCUGCUGUGCCAAGGGUUGUUUCCAUAGUGACCAGCCUAGUGACCGUCACCACAGAGGUCACAGUAGGGAACACAGGAAACCUGUCGACUUUCGGAGACCAAAGAGUCAGCGAGCUCAGUCUAUUCCACCAGGCGUCCACCCCGUCGGUGCUGAGCGCCGCCGAGAGCAACUCUGUCCUGCAGGGCAUCGCGGUGGCCACCCAGGCCCUGGUGCUCCUCUCCAUCUUCCUCCUCUCCAGCCUCGGCAACUCCGCGGUCGUCGUCGUCAUCAUCAAGCACCGACAGCUCCGGACUGUGACCAACGCCUUCAUCAUGUCGCUGUCGCUGUCCGACUUCCUCACCGCCGUCCUGUGUCUGCCGCUCUCCUUCGUCAUGCUCUUCAGCAAGGAUGGCGCCUGGAUGUUCGGGGAGCGUUUCUGCGUGGCCAGCGGCUUUUUCAACACCUGCUUUGGGAUCAUCUCCACCCUGACUAUGACUUUGAUCUCCUUUGACAGGUACUACACCAUAGUCAGGCAGCCACAGGCCAAAAUAGGGCGCCAGAAAGCGACUCAGUUGUUGAUAGCCGUGUGGGUAACUGCAGUCAUCUUCUCUCUGCCUUGGUAUCUGUUGGUCCGAACACCUACAGAGAUCCAUAAGCGAGGUUUCUACCACUGUAUGUACGUGUUCCACUCUGGGACCUCCCGCAUGGGGACAGCUUACAGUGUCUGCCUUAUCGUCGUGUGUUUUUUACUGCCCUUCUCCCUCAUGUGCUUUUGUCACUACAACAUCUGCAAGACGGUUCGUCUCUCUGAAAUCCGAGUCAGGCCAGUGACCACAUACGCGUACUUGCUGCGAUUCUACAGUGAAAUGCGAACCGCCACCACGGUUCUGAUCAUGAUCGUCUUCAUCAUUUUUUGCUGGGGUCCAUACUGUCUGAUGGGGCUGGUCACGGCAAUGGGGGACUACACGUUCAAUCCUGCGAUGGACACAGUUGCCAUCUGGCUAGCCUGGGCCAACGGAGCCAUCAACCCUCUGAUCUAUGCCCUGAGGAACCCCAAUAUCUCCAUGUUACUGGGGCGGAGCAGAGAGGAGGGCUAUCGGACCAGAAACAUUGCCGCGUACCUCUCCAGCCAAACCCAGAACCGGGAGAUUCGGCUCAACCAAGCGGAGCGGAUAAGGGACCGCUACGUGAGUCGUGUCGGCGUGAAUAAUAUCAGCCAGCUGUCCAGUUCAAGUCCCGGCAAAGGAGGAGGGGGAGGGGAGGUGGCAAUGUGGGCCUGUAAAAACCCUGCUGUGUUCUUCUGCCGGGACGCCCAGCCCGACACUGCGACAGUAGCCAACUCUGUCAGUGCCCCAAAGAUGAAGACUGCUGACACCAGCCUGUGACAUUCUGGGAGAAUGCUUAACCAUCUUACGAGUUUUUUUGUCUUAUCUCUAUUUGUUGUUGUGAAUCUAGAGACUAUCACCAGUUUGUAACAUUUUUUGGAAACCUUAUAGUAUUUGUGUCUUUUCCAAAAUGUUUAUUUGGAUUUUGUUCCAGGAACCAAAAGCAUACUGUUAAAUUACCAAAAAGUUUACACCAUGUGGGAAGACAAAAGUUAGCUGUUACAAUUGAUGGGUACAUGAAAUUCCUUCCUGAUUUUGGAGGACACCAUCAUCAUGCGACCACCUGUAGGACCUCUAGCAUCCUCUCAGUGGUUAAGCAUGGAAGGGAAUGGAAUAUAUUUCUGUAGAAAACCAUGAAAUGUUUGUGUUGCAAAGGUUUUUAUGUUGUUUCAUCUGUAAACGCAGCAUGUGGAUAUGGAAAAAAGAUCAAGCUUUUCCUUAAUCCUAAACCUUUCAUGCUUAAAACAUAUAUGUACAUGCCAUUUUCAGACAUCUCCAGAAAAACACCUCCCAGUUACACCAAGCUUGCAGAGUCAACACAAUUUAUUCAAGAGACGUAUUUGUAAUAUGGACUGCUGUCUCAAAAUCCUCUGCAAACCACGCCUCUUAUUGGUUAUAAUAAAGUGGAUGGUGCAGCUCA